AUGCGAGACUCGGGAUUUAUUAAAUUGCCUAGUGAAAGAACAUUAAGAGAUUAUACACACUGGACAAAAGUAUCAUCUGGCUUUCAACCUUCGUCAUUCGAACGCCUUCUUGUAGACAUCAGGUAUCACCAACUGGCCGACUGGCAGAAAUAUGUAGUGUUACUUCAUGAUGAAGUGAAAAUUAAGAGUGAUCUUGUAUUUUGCAAACAUACAGGAGAACUCAUCGGGUUUGCAAAUUUAGGCGAAAUAAACAAUGCGUUGAUAGACUUUCAAAAGCAGUUGGAAGAUGAGUGCACGAAUGGAAAACCUGACAUCGCCAGUUACACAUGCUUGUUUUCAUGGUACGUGGAAUUACCACAUGGCUAGAGUACCCUUUAGCUGAUUUCCCGUGCAGUGGCUGUAUUACAGCAGACUUCAUUUUUUCUCUGCUUUGGGAAGCAGUGAAUCACUUGGAGACUAUUGGUUUAAAGGUGAUCGCCAGUAUACUUGUGAUGGAGAGUCGUCAAAUAGAAAGUUCAUCAAAAUGCAUAAACCAUACAAGAGCGCAAAGGAAAUUGAGAUUCACAAAACCAGGAACAUUUACAGUCCAGAAGAACGGGACUUGUUUUUCAUAUCUGAUGUACCCCAUCUGAUAAAAACUGUAAGGAACAACUGGGAAAACAGCGGCUGGAAUAAAAAAACAAGGGAACUAUGGGUAAAAAUCACUAUUUUGACUAUAUAUACACAUAUAUCGAAUUUCGCUUAUAUCUCAAAGUUCCGCAACAGUCUGUUUCAUCUGUAACAAAUCAUCAAGUGAUGUGUAUGGGGCCAAGAAUGAAACAGACUGUUGCGGAACUUUGAGGUAAGCGAAAUUCUAUAUUUGCUCUGUCUUUAUGGUAUUGAGCACUCUUUGACUUUGCGUUUCGUAGACAAAAACCUACUCGUAUACACAUAUAUAGAUAAGUUACAAACUAUACGGUAUCAUAUUUUUGUUUUAGAAUGGAGGUUACAGCAUUUCUUGGUUACAUGUUGUUAACCUGUACAAGGAUGACUUUAAUUUGGCGCGGUAGACUAACACUGGUACCAAAGCUGAAAUAUGAACAUAUUUAUCUAACAUGGUAUUCCAGGAUGAAAUCAACUUAGCUGCCCAGGUAUAUAUUGCCUUUGUUGACAAUUUUAUUGCUUAUUUUAAAGAUACUUUCACAAUUGUAUCAAUAAUAUCUUCUUUUUGUUCUGAGGUACUUAGUACUUCAGUUGCGAAUGCUCGUCAAUCAUUUUAUGAUCAGAAGUUACAAGGCACAGUAGAGUUUAUCAAAAUGUUUGAUAAAUUCUUUGAUUGCAUGAAUACCAGAUCAUUGACGGAGGCAAGCAGAAACAGAAAACCAGAUUUGGCUCCAUACACAUCACCUGAUGAUUCGCGCUUAAAGGUGUUCGCUUAA